AUGACAGCUUGUGGAGAGAGGAGUGGCGGUUUUGGCUCUUCUGCUAGUGAUGGUUUUGGCUCUUCUGCUAGUGAUGGUUUUGGCUCUUCUGCUAGUGAUGGUUUUGGCUCUUCUGCUAGUGAUGGUUUUGGCUCUUCUGCUAGUGAUGGUUUUGGCUCUUCUGCUAGUGAUGGUUUUGGCUCUUCUGCUAGUGAUGGUUUUGGCUCUUCUGCUAGUGAUGGUUUUGGCUCUUCUGCUAGUGAUGGUUUUGGCUCUUCUGCUAGUGAUGGUUUUGGCUCUUCUGCUAGUGAUGGUUUUGGCUCUUCUGCUAGUGAUGGUUUUGGCUCUUCUGCUAGUGAUGGUUUUGGCUCUUCUGCUAGUGAUGGUUUUGGCUCUUCUGCUAGUGAUGGUUUUGGCUCUUCUGCUAGUGAUGGUUUUGGCUCUUCUGCUAGUGAUGGUUUUGGCUCUUCUGCUAGUGAUGGUUUUGGCUCUUCUGCUAGUGAUGGUUUUGGCUCUUCUGCUAGUGAUGGUUUUGGCUCUUCUGCUAGUGAUGGUUUUGGCUCUUCUGCUAGUGAUGGUUUUGGCUCUUCUGCUAGUGAUGGUUUUGGCUCUUCUGCUAGUGAUGGUUUUGGCUCUUCUGCUAGUGAUGGUUUUGGCUCUUCUGUUGCUGCCAGCAAAGCGGCAGGGGUGGAAGGUUGGAGGUACGAAGAAGGGGCUGUGCUGGCAGAUGUGACGAUGCAGGCAGCACAAGAGGUGCUGCCACAUGUCAAGCAGGCAUUGGAGCAGAUGCGGGCCGGGAACGGUGGGGAUGGAGAUGCAUCGUGGCUGCAGGGAUUGGUGCAGCAUGAGAGGGUGUGUGGUGGCAUGGUGUCAGCUGAUGGGGAGAAGGCACUCAAUGAGAUGGUGAGAUAG